AUGCUUCAGCGAGCAGCGGGAUUAGCAGCUGGCGAAGAGAGCGAGGAGGCUUGGUACCUGGUGCAUCUCUUCCAGCGUACGCAGCCCCGUGAACUCCUUCGCAUUUGCCACUUCACUUUAGCCACAUUCCUGGAACUCAAUUACGAAUAUUUUGACGAGGGCUGGCCACUCCAGUCCCGGUUGAUCGGCUCCUCCACAUUUGCUUCUGCUGCCUCUUCUUCAUCCUCCCUCUGUCAACGUGGUUGCAUGCUGAAAGGCAAGGCGGAGCGAUUUCGGCCCCGUUCGCCGCCACCACCACAGACUGCGGAGGCGACACCGCCAGUGACACCGGGACGGCAGCCUUCAGGGGGCGGUCAAACGGAACGUUCGGUGUUUGCCACACCCAAGUCGACGUCUAAGAGGCUGGCCUGGCUGAAGGGGAAGUAUUUGUUACCUUCGAAGUUGUCCGUUUUUACACCGACCUCAUCCCCUGCUCCAACGAUGAGUAUGAACCGUUCAGUGUCCGUUGUGACCCCAUCAACGACCUCCGCGAAGUUUGCCUCCACUUCCACGUCCGAUUUCCAACAUCUCUCUGAUGUAAACAAACGUUUACAAAGAUUGCCGUAUUACGAAAACCCCGACUAUAUCCUCUGUCGCUACAUUUCCGACUACAUGCUGCAGACUUCCGAUCUGCUAUCAACAGAAGGUCUAUUUCGCCGUCCAGGCAGUUUAUCACGAACAAAACAGUUGUACAGUGACUUGAAGGAGUGCUUAGUGGAUAGAAGUGUUGGCAAAGGAAUCGUUCGUUCAGGAGUCUCUCUAACGUGUCUUUCCGAUGCAUCAAACACUGUCCCCAAAUCUAUGGUCCGUCACAUCCAAAAUCACCACUCAGAGCGUCGAGCGGCCGUCUACGAUCUGUUGAACUCGGCUUUGGUCUACGACGUCACCAGUGUCCUCCUUCGCUGCCUCUCCUCCACUCGCGUGAAUGCUACCUCCGACAGCGGCCUCAUUCCCCCCGAAGCCACCGACCUUUUCGUUAAAACCACGAGUCUGCAGUACAAUCUUAAGGACGGGGAUCCUGUCUACUCUCUGGAUCCCACUACCGACUGGAUGCAUCUCCUCUGUCAUGGGAGACAGCUCCUCGCCUAUCGAAUCAUCAUCCAACUACUUCUCCCCGCCCCUGAGCGCCAACUCCUUCUUAAACUACUCGCCCUUCUCCACAAAAUUGCUUCCAACACUCAGGAGACGAGAAUGUCCUCGGAGGCCCUAGCACGAUGUCUAGCUGUCGCUGUGUUCGGGAUUCCCGAUGAUGCAGUGGCCAUGGGUCAUUACAUUGACACGCUGAUCAAUCUGAUCGAAUUGUUUGAGGACUUGGAGAUCCUGCCAAGGAUGAUCUAUCAACAGGUGCGCAGUUUUUUGAAGUCAAAACUGGGCACUUCGCCGAUGAAGAACCCCACCAGAGUGAGGGUGAAUCAGACCAACUGCAGCUCUGUUCUGGUGGACAAGUCCGUGCUCAAACGUAGCUGGGCUACCUGUCAGGUCUCUAUUGACACUAGCGAUCUAUCAUCGACCUCCAGUGGGAAGGAGAAUCGGUCUUUUCCGCUCUCGCAUCUCUGUUUGUGGUCCAAGAUUUCACCGGCCCGCACCCGGCAUUCGCGCACACCAUCACCAAUAUCACGACGGUCGUCAGUGUCAUCCACCACAACCACCACCCACAGAACGCCCUCCAAGAUGUUUUCAGCGAUGCAACGCCGACGUCCGAGGGCGCCUAGUCCCCUCCUCGUUUGGAAAAAGCAGCGCUCUGUGCUGUCAAUGAAGAAGUCAAAGUCGCUCUGCCUUAGCACCGACGCGAGGGACACGAAAAGUGAUUCAGUCAUUCGAAUUUCGCGCUACACUAAGUUGUUGAGAAGAGGAGCGUGUUUUUUGGACGGUGAGGUACUUGGGAAUUUGGGUAUAUGCGCGAAGGAAGCUGGGGGCAGAGGGGUCGCGACGUGGGUGUCGGUGCCUCGGCGUGUUCGUCGAUGGGCUGUAGCCGGAAAGUUGGUCGUUGGAGGUCUCGAACGAUUCAACCCCAGCUUUGCUGCUUGCUACGCGGCAGCGGGUGGAUCGCUGGUGUCCGACGUCGGCAACUGGCAAGUUUCAGCGUUCACAAUGUGCAUCAGGUGUCACCUCUAA